ACGCGCUCGGGGAUGCGCUUCAAGCGGCCGCGCCUCGCCGCGGCGCCGCGAGUCGCGGUGGUGCAGCUGGCCGCGCACGCGCCGAUGCCGCGCGCGGGGCUGCCGGUUGCGCGACUGCUCGCGCUUGCUGGUUGCGCCGGAGCUGCUGCGCCUAGGUCUGCUAGAAGCUGCGCGGCACCGCUGCACGUAGAGCCGCUGGUCACCGCGGCGUCGGCGCAGCUGCGCUCCGUCGGUGCUGCGGCGCUGCCGCCCAGCGCCCGUGCUGUCGCACUGCGUCGGCGCUGCCGCUCACUGCUGGCGCUGCUCAGCGGUGGCGCCGCUGCGCUGCGCAACGACGGUGCUGUUUGCGCAUCGCUGGCGCGGCUGCCCAGCGUCGGCGCUGCUGCUCUGCGAGGGGGCCGCGCCGCGUCGGAGCCGCUGUUGAGCGUCCGUUCUGCUCAGCGUUGGUGCUCAGCUUUGGCGCCGCUGCGCGACGUCGCUGCUGCGCCGCCACCGCGCUGCUCGUCGUCGACGCCGCAGUUGCCCGUCGCG